UAGUAAACCUAUAAGCUGCCGCCAUUUUAAUCCUACAUUUAGCGCCUUUUUUCUAACCUCUUACAGUAAUUAAAACUUGUGGGAGCCCUAAAAUAAAAUAAAAUCCGUAGAAUCGACGAAUUCCACUUUCUUCUUCUUCUUCUUCGUUCUUCCUCACAACCAACCAUCAAUGGGUAACCCUAAAAGACUGAUCUCGGAGGAAAUGAAGGAUUCAGAGAUUCAUUUGAUGAGCGAGAUUCAUCUCGGUUGCCCACCCGCCACUAACGGACCCUUUGUUUCCCGUUUCACCUUCUCCUCCCCACUCGGUCUCGGUGGUAGCUCGAAUGAUCAUAUUAGUGUAGAUAAAGAUGGUGAUCUUCUUCUCCCUAGACGAACCAGUAAGAGUUUCCAUCUCAUGACCCCUGGAUUUCUUUUCCUUGACUCCUUUACUGUCACCAUUCAGCAUUGUAUCACAUCAACGCUCCGUGAUGUUGGUCUUCAGGUGUGGAAAGCACAACUGGUCUUAUCAGAUUUUGUGUUGCAUAAGAUGUGCACAUCAUCCCAACUCAAUUCCAUUGUCUGCCUGGAACUCGGCUCUGGAACAGGCCUGCUCGGUAUAUUGCUUGCACGAGUCGCCAAGGCAGUUUUCCUUACUGAUCAUGGAUACGAAAUUCUUGGCAACUGUCUUCGGAACGUGGAAAUGAAUUCAUCCUUGUUUAACCCUCAAGCUGUGGUCAAUGUUCGUGAGCUCAACUGGAUGAGCGAAUGGCCUGUUGAUGGUGACUGCAGAGUUCCAGAAAAGUAUCGUUGGAGCUCGCAGGACUUUGAACAAGUCAAAAGUGCAAGCUUCAUUUUUGCAGCAGAUGUGAUCUACAGCGAUGAUCUAACCGUAGCGUUGUUUAGCAUGUUAAAGAGAGUGAUGUCAUUCGGUUGUGACAAGGUGCUAUAUUUGGGAUUGGAGAAACGAUACAACUUCAGCUUGGAUGAUCUCAACGUUGUUGCCAAUGGCUACGCCUGCUUUAGAAGCUACAUCAAAGAAGAUGAACUUUGUGAGCAAGAGGAGAAGAGUUUUGUGGGCAAGCGCAUCGACGUCACACAGAUCCCUCAGUACACCAAGGGUUAUGAUAGAGGUGAAGAUGUUGAGCUUUGGGAGAUCAAAUAUGUAGCUUAACGCUACGUGUGUGGUCAUAGAAAUACUGAUUUAUAGAAAAGAUAAUACCGUGAUUUCAAGGAAACCUGAGGAAUUUGAUAAUGAAGCUCCUCCCACUCCCCCUAGUGAAUGAUCACCAA